AUGAAUCCUCCAUCGCACUUCUUCUUCUCUGCCCUACAUUUACUCUUCAUUUUCCUCACCUCCUCCGCCUCCCAACCGGAGCUCCGAUCUCUACUAGAAUUCAAAAAAGGCAUAACCUCAGACCCAUCAAAUCUCGUUCUCAACUCAUGGAACCCCUUUUCCAUCACCGACUUCGACAUUUGUCCACCCAAAUGGGAAGGAAUCUCCUGCGACGAACUCACCGGAAACGUCACCGGAAUUGUACUCGAGAAUCACAACCUCACCGGAGAGAUAAAGUUCCAUACUCUCCUCGACCUUAAAAUGCUCAAAAACCUCAGUCUCGCCGGGAAUCAGUUCUAUGGUGGACUUUCCAUUACUCUUGAGAAUGUUUCCUCUUUGGCUAAUACUGUUCGGUUUUUGAACGUCAGUCACAAUAAAUUGAACGGGAACUUCUUUCUGAAGGACGCAAUUGGGUUGUUUUGGAACUUGCGAGCUUUGGAUUUGAGUGAUAAUAUGAUUAGAGGGGAGCUUCCUUCUUUUGUUUCCUUGCGUGAACUUCGAGUUCUGAAACUUGCGAGUAAUCUUUUAUUAGGGGCUGUGCCGGAGGACUUGUUGUUGACUUCAAUGUCUUUGGAAGAAUUGAAUCUCAGUUCCAAUGGAUUUACUGGCUCAAUUGGUGUAAUUAACUCUACCACUAUAAAUAUUUUGGAUCUUUCAUCUAAUAGUUUAUCAGGACCAUUGCCAACUUCUUUGAGAAGCUGUACAAUCAUAGAUUUGAGCAGGAAUACGUUUUCUGGCGACAUUUCUGUAAUAGAGAACUGGGAAGCCACUAUGGAGGUUAUUGAUUUGAGUUCAAACAAGCUGUCAGGAUCCUUGCCUUCAAUUAUAGAAUAUUCAAAAUUGUCUACCCUUGACUUAAGACCACUUUUGCUUCAAGGUUCAGGGGCUAGUGAAUUAUUACUCACGUCUCCUUUUCUGCCAAUGGAAUAUUUUGAUGUAUCAAACAACUCUUUAGAAGGCUUCUUGCCUUCUGAUAUAGGUAGGAUGGUUAAGCUCAAACUGCUGAAUCUAGCAAGGAAUGGCUUUUCUGGACAAAUUCCUAAUGAAUUGAGCAAACUUAUUGAUUUAGUGUCCCUCGAUUUGUCUAACAACAAAUUUACUGGCAAUAUUCCUGACAAGCUUUCGUCUAGCUUGAAUGUAUUUAAUGUGUCCAACAAUGAUCUAUCUGGCCUUGUUCCCGAAAAUUUGCGGCGAUUUCCUACAUCAUCCUUUAACCCUGGAAAUGAAAAGCUUAAGUUAUCAAAUGAUUCUCCUAGUUAUCCGUCACUGCCAGGCACUGUUCAAAAUAAACAUCAUAGUUCAAAGGGUAAUAUCAGGAUAGCAAUUAUCCUUGCUUCUGUGGGUGCUGUUGUGAUGAUUGCUUUUGUUUUAUUGGCUUAUCAUCGAACACAAGCAAAAGAAUUUCACGGGAGAAGUGAGUUUGGUGGUCAAACUACUGGAGGACUUUCAAGGGCUUCUCUCUUCAAGUUCCAUUCAAAUGCUCUUCCUCCAUCAUCUUCGGCAAGUUUCGGUAAGUCCCGAUAUCAUUUUGCUUUUGUUGUUUGUGAAACUGCCACACUGUUUGAAUCUGAAUUGUAG